ACCGCGCCAUUCCCAUGUUGCUUUGCGAAUCGCAGUCGAGCGUUUGUUCGAUUUGUUGGUCUAAACAUUUGUCUCUGUCUGGGCUGGAGAAUAAAUAAAAUUGAUUUAUUUUUCCAAAAAUCUCGCCAAACAAACAGUCUCAAACUUGGUGUAUAACUGAGAGUCUUUGACGCUGCACGACAUGGACCAGGACUAUGAGUGUCGGCUGCUCAGGCAGAUCAACAUCCAGAACGAGAAUGCCAGCCCUUUAAAGGCCAUAGAUACAGUACGAGCCCUGACACCCACCAACUCCCCCCUGUCGUCACCAAGCAAACAUGGCGACCGCUUCAUCCCCUCCCGCGCCGGCGCUAACUGGAGCGUCAACUUCCACCGCAUCAACGAGAAUGAGAAGUCUCACAAUCAGAACAGGAAGACAAAGGAUGGCACAACAGACACUAGCAAAGCGGACGGCCUGGCGUACUCUGCCCUACUGAAGAACGAGUUGCUGGGGGCAGGCAUAGAGAAGGUCCAGGACCCCCAGUCAGAGGACCGCCGCCUCCAGCCCUCCACCCCCGCCAAGAGGAGCCUCUUCAGUUAUUCUGUCAGUGCCAAACGAUCUCUACCCGAGGAUGGCAACACAGUGUCUCCAUACUCCUUGUCUCCUGUUAGCAGCAACAGUCAGAAGCUGUUACGGUCGCCUAGGAAACCCACGCGUAAGAUCUCUAAGAUCCCCUUCAAGGUGCUUGAUGCUCCGGAGCUGCAGGAUGACUUCUACCUCAACCUGGUGGACUGGUCCUCCCUCAACGUCCUCAGUGUCGGCCUGGGAACCUGCGUCUACCUCUGGAGCGCCUGCACUAGCCAGGUGACGCGUCUGUGUGACUUGUCAGUGGAAGGGGACUCUGUCACGUCAGUGGGCUGGUCAGAGAGGGGGAACUUAGUAGCGGUGGGGACUCAUAAGGGCUAUGUACAGAUCUGGGACGCAGCAGCAGGGAAGAAACUGUCAGUACUGGAGGGACACACAGCCAGAGUGGGUGCGUUGGCGUGGAAUGCCGACCAGUUGUCGUCUGGCAGUCGUGACAGGGUUAUCCUGCAGAGGGACAUCCGAGCCCCGCCCCUCCAGUCAGAACGCCGUCUCCAGGGACACAGACAGGAAGUUUGCGGCCUCAAGUGGAGCACAGACCACCAGCUACUGGCCUCAGGGGGAAAUGACAACAAGCUGCUGGUAUGGAACCACUCCAGCGUUCUCCCGGUGCAGCAGUACACGGAGCACCUGGCAGCAGUGAAGGCCAUCGCUUGGUCCCCCCAUCAGCAUGGCCUGCUGGCGUCUGGAGGGGGCACUGCCGACCGCUGCAUCCGCUUCUGGAACACCCUGACAGGCCAGCCCCUGCAGUGCACCGACACAGGCUCCCAAGUCUGCAACCUGGCCUGGUCCAAGCACACCAACGAACUGGUAAGCACACACGGCUACUCCCAGAACCAGAUCUUGGUGUGGAAGUACCCCUCCCUCACACAGGUGGCCAAACUCACAGGCCACUCCUACAGAGUGCUUUACCUGGCCAUGUCCCCAGACGGAGAGGCCAUCGUCACAGGAGCCGGAGACGAGACGCUGCGCUUCUGGAACGUCUUCAGCAAGAUGAGGUCCACCAAGGAGUCUGUAUCUGUUCUGAACCUGUUCACCAGGAUCCGGUAGCCAGAGGGGCGCAGCUGUCCGGCAGGGGAACAAGCGGGGUGGGGGAACAAGCCCAUAGGGAAUAAUGUACUGUACACAACAAGUCGGACCCCUUAUCUCUUCCUAGGCCUCUGGUAGGCUAGGGUCCUUUCACAUACCCAAGGCCAGGUCGUCAAGCCGAUAGAGGAGUCUUCUUCCACUGCCUCACCGCCCAUCAUAACCAGUGUGACAUCACAAGGCCACACCCUCAUACAGUAAUAUUGGUGCUGUCCCAGGAAGAGGAAGAAGAGGACUCUGGAACUUUCCUUUCCCCCAAGUGAUUCUGUUUUUUGACAGACACUGUGUGCAUACCUGCCAAAUACGAAGUUUGUCCUUUUAUUGAAUGUUUAUUUAUUGUUUUUCUUUUUUAAAACAUUGUUAUCACGUGUCGUCUCCAGUCUGCUUCUGCAGCCUGUGUUUGGGUUUUGUUUUCUGUGUGUGUUAAUGUUACGUGUCAGACUUUGUGAAGAGCCUGAUGCUUUUGUGUUUGUGCCUGCCUUAAAGGGGUAGUUUACGUCUAUAAUCAAGCUCAUGUUUUCACCAUUGACGGUAUAGAAAUGUAUGACAUGCUUUGACUUCAGGGUGAGCUGUCCUGUACCUGUUUGUAAACUAGUGAUGGUUAACCCUACGGCUUGAGAGGUGGGAGCUCACUGUUUUUUUGCAUGUUGUAGACCAUUGUAAUUUAUUCACCUUGUAAAAACACCUUUUUAAGUUCAUUUGAAGUGUGAUGAUGCGCGGAAGUCUUAUGUUUUUUUAAUUAGAAAAAAAUCUGCAAUUGUAAUUUGAGCAGUGGCCGCAAACAAACUACAUAUACUCACUUAGUUAUCUGUAAAUCGUAUUGUUUUGGCAGUUGUCUUUUUACAUUUUUAACCAGUUUCUAUCUUUAACCUACAUUUACCUAGACACAUUUCACAUUAUUGCUGUCUUGAGUUGCAAUUGCACUCAGUGUGAUAAUGGGCUAGUAGCAUUCAAAACAGAUGUAAAUAACUAGGCAUAACCUUUGCAUUGAGACUUAUACAAGAAAGAAAAAACGGAAAUAUUAAAAGUAACAUUUUUAAUCUUAAUCAGGUGAACUUUUUUUCCUGGGUGUAGCAGUAACUGAAAGUCACUGUAAAGAAAAAAGGAAAGAUGUUGAUGGCCUCUUAAAGGCAUUACUAGUGCAUUGUGCUGUGUCUGUGGUAAAAAAGAAAAUAAGGAUAUAUUUAGUCCAUGGCACUUAUCUUUUUCCUCAGCUUAUAUUUUGUUCUUGACUCUAAGCAGAUGUGAAAAUAUCUCAUUUUGUUUUAAUUCAUUUAAAAGAAAUGUUUAGGCCGAUUUUUCUAGUGAUUAUUUUUCAUUUUCUCAGUUUGGAUGUGGUGUUGGCAUGACCUGGUGUGCCAUCUUUGAAUGAGUGGUAUUUAUUUGAGCUGUGUAAAAGUGUCCAGUAGUACACCCAUAGCUUGUUCUGAGAGUUGAAUAUUAUCUGAGAAAGGUGGAACGCUGAUCUGUUUGGUGUAUAUAUUAGCUCCAGUCCUAAAUAAGCAUUUGUACUCCUUUUAUGCCACUUAAAAACAAAUAAAAACAAAGAAUGCUGCCAACUGGAAAUGCCUAAAGAAUGUUAUGAAGAUAAAUAUUUCUGUACUGAGAGAAACGGAAUUAAAAAAAAGUGAUUGUA